GCCUGUCGGACUAUAACUAACAGUCCCGUAUAUCCCCCUUGUUCUUCUUUUCUUUUCUCUUUGGACAGCAAGGCGUUGGUUGUUUGUUCGAUGGCUUGGCUUCGGUUGGGGAGGAGUUGGUGUAUUUGUCCUCUUCUAUUCUUUUCUAUCCUAUCCUGCUUUGCUUAUACUCAAGUUCUUUUCCUUUGUAUGUUGGUUAGUUGGUUGAAUGAUCAGUUCGGUCCGGCUGAUGGAAACGGAAAGCAAAGGAGCUUGGUUCGGUUCGGCUUGGCUUGGAUGGACUUGGGCUUGUGCGGCUGGCGUUAGAGUAAGAGUAAUACAAUGGAACGAAUAGGCUUUUCGUUGCUAUGGCUUGGACUGCGUUAAGUGAGUAAGUGUGGAGAGUGAGGGAACAGAGUGGUGGUGGUGGUG